AUGUUUUUUGAUCGUCGCUCCACCUCUUGUUUGUCUUCUCCCCUCCUGCCCGCUGUCACUUCCUUGGGGGAGGUAGUUUCUCCUGCUCCUCAGUCAGAUGGGGAGGUCGAGCAGGAUCAGCUCGCCUUUACUAUCAAAGCUCUGUCUCGCCCUCAGUUGCAGCUUUUCGAGACUGUCUUCAUCACUGGGAAGUCGCUGUCUGCCUAUUGUGAGGACGAUCUCUUAUGGUCACUCCUGGCGGCAGUAGCUUCUCGUGGACCAAUUAAGACUUGUAGUCUCGGCAAGAUUCUUCGGUACCGCUACUUCGCUCGUCGGUGUAAUCAGGACCUGGCAUAUAGUCACAGGUUUCUGGAACUCCAAGGGACUCCUGCACAGCAUGUUACUUGGGGUAUUCCUUUGGACGUUUGGCAUCGGUACAACGCGGCCCUCCAUGAUCGCACUUCAUCUACUUCGACUCUUUUAGAGUUGAACAUGCUUGAUGAGCAGGACGAGGUCGCCGCUGAUCAACAGGAGCUCCAGAGGUUCCUCGCACUGCAACAGGACGAGGCCUCUGUUGCAGCCAAACGAAAGCGUGUCCAUUCUCCACUGCCUUCUACCAAGAAGGUUCAUUUGGAGGCUUCCAAAAAGCGCCCUCAUCCUGCCCCUCGCGCCUCCCCUUCCCAAAUGGAGGUACCUCACAGGGACCUGCCGAUGCAGGGUCCCAGUGAUCUGGCUCGGUUGGCAGCUGUGGCAGAAGCUCAGUCCAGUUUGGUUCAACAAGCCGUUUCCUCUCCCCCUGUCCGAACACCUAUAAAAGGAGCAGGACAGGACCUUCUUUCAUCCAACAUGCCUCCCACUCCCCGUCCCACUUUGGUACCUUGCACUUACACUGUGCAUCCCUAUCGUGCUGAAAACCAGCGCCUCGCUGCUCGGGUUCGUUCACUGGAGUCUCAGCUUGCUGACUCGCAAUGGGAGAACUCCUCCCUUACCUCUGCUCUUCGGAAUACUUCGCAUGCUCUCGAAUCUUGA